CGUUGAGCUUUGCGAGGCUCAUGUUCUGACAAUCCGGGAGCAAUGCCCUGGCCACGACGCCGCAAGCAUUAUUUUUGCCGGAAAAGACAGGACGUCACCUGUAGCCAAUCAGAAAAGGAGUUGCUAUUUACUUACACUGGAUCCAUUCUAAAGCUGUUUCCAAUAGAGUGUGUCUAAGUCAACUCGAGAGUAAAGAUCACCGGGGUCGAAGUUUUGCCUGAAAGCUUGGAAGCGUGGCAUUGCGGUGGACCAGAGAGCCCCUGAGUACACAAUUGGCCGAACAGCUUAGAGUAAGACGUCACAGAAAAUGCAGGGUGUGGAGCUAGCUGGAUCAUUACCCAUGUAGCAGUGAGGUCACAGUGAACAACGUUGCCUAUACAGACAAGCUGUCAGUGGGACUAGUCAAUCCUGUACCUGGCACCUGUCGCAUUUGUGAUGUUUUGCGGGGGGCUUUUGCUCGCCAUCACGGUCAUCCAACGACGCAUUGUUUACCGGGUAUGAAGAUGAUCCAAAUUCAUAUUCUCCAUCGCUGACCACAAACGGACGACGGAAGGAUGCGAACAGCUCUGGUCCCUCCAACCAUCCUAUGGAUGGUGAUCAUCAUGGCGGGUGUCUUUAAUCUCUUACAGAUGCUGGGGCAACACAUGCUCGCCAAGCGCUCAGUCUCACUGUCUCCUACCGAGCAGAUUUCCAGGGUAUUUCCCUCUCUGGACGAGAGGCUGGCGUCUGUGCGAUCAGGCAGCAUGGCAAACUGGACGGAGGGAACGUUCGUGCACAGGGGAGUCAGCAUGGGGGGAGAGUUCAAAGAGGAGGAGGUGGAGGAAAGUCAAGUUGAAGACGUGAACAUUAAGGCGGCAGAGGUCCCCAGGUGCGUUACCUCGGUACAAAAUAGUUCCUCGGCGUGGUUCCGACAGCGCUUCAACUCCGAUGUCCCCCUGUUUCUCACCAGCGAACAUCUCGUGGAAUGGGCGCGCCUGUCGGCGGAAAGGAUACCGUACGGACUUAAGGGACUGGCCGAGGACGAUGCAUACAAAGCACUGGAGCUUCUACCAAAAGCCGAUCAUUGGACGUGGGUGAACAACUUCCAUGGCAACCGGGAUCGUCCCACCUGUCUUCGGUGCGCACUUGUCGGUGACUCUGCAGCACUGAGAGGAACCGGCAGGGGGCCGGACAUAGAUGAACAUGACCUCGUGAUUAGAGUUGGUGAUGCCGGGAUGGACAGUCAUGAGGACGAUGUAGGAACGAAGACAAACUUAUACUUGUACAACCCAGAACUGUCGAUCGACACAAGACACUUUAAGAAACCUGCGGAUGUAUACUUUAUCUUCUUGGCAUCAAAGGCAUCUGACUAUCAUCUGAUCUCCAAGCUGAUAAAAGAAGAACCACAGAAUAACCACACUGGACACAGGUCCAGAAUGGGACAGAAGGUGAUGAUCAAACCUCAGCAGCUUCGUGUUUUGCAUCCGGACUUCCUCAACUACGUGUAUGAACUAUGGCUGGAGAGGGCCGGCCACAAAUCAACAGUCACACAAGUCAUGUUGGUCCUCGCCCUGCACAUUUGUGACCAAGUUCACACAUACGGAUUUAGUGAAAAGCGGGCCACUUCUCAACUUGACCUUCCGGACAACGUCCUGGAAUCGCAGGAACACUUGUAUCUCACUAAGGGCAUGGUAAGACCAGUGUAUAACCAUCUGUUCGAAAAGAAACUGCAACAGAAAAUGGUGCAGGAAGGACUCGUGCAGAUGUUCGUGCCGUAGUGGGAUAAGAUUGUACACAAUACCUGGUAUCAGAAGUUCAGAACUAUGCUAUCCAACAUUCACCACAACAUGUGUACAUUUGCUUAACUGAUGUUUGAAGAGGAAUCUGAAUUUUGUUUUGAAUAUUUGGUUCUCUUUGGAGAGAACUAGAAAAGAAUGGUAUCAACUUUUUGAUCAUCGACUAAAUAGCUUCCUGAAAGUCGUCAAAGUUCAUAGCCCAGAAGUACAAUAUGCUGGGACAUACCAUCGCAGCAUGCAGUUCUCAUGCCAGUCGCUGGGACAGUGCACGGUAGACCACAUAGACUACAUGUAAUCUUCAAUACAGUAUCAUAUUAUGGGUAAUGCUGCAACGCAAUCGUUUUGAUCGCAUCAUAAAGUGGCCCUGUGCCAAACUAUAGUCAGGAACAGAAUAGUGCAACGAUGUUGUAUGUGUGUUUUUCCGUUGUAAGAAUCUUGGGUUUAUAUUAUCGGGCAUAUCUAUACUGGAGACAAGUGAAUUGUUGAUAUCUCACAAUUGAUUGUACGUGUUCUUUUCAAUAAUGAAGAUAGCUUCAUAUGCUCACGCCGUGGAAUGUACCCAUGUCUAUUCUAUGCGCACAAAACGUAACGAAAUGGUUUUAUUAGUCAAGUGCACUUGUACUAGUAAAGAGCUCCAACUUCAGAAUGAUGACUAUGUUUUAAAUGUUGAUGCUAAAGCUGUGAUCAGGCUGCAUUUCCGUUUGUCUUCAACAUGGAUCGGUUGACCGAGAUGUAUCAACGGACAUAGCCAAGCUUCACAAUAUCAAAUUUACAUAACUCUUUCGUUGUACAUAGCCAACGGAUCGGACAUGUUGUCGUUUGAUGCAUGUUGCUUCUGCUGUAAAUAAAUCUGCAGCUGCGUGGCAAGAUAUUGACAUUUGAGCUUUUGCUUUCUUGGGGAUCAAUAAAUUGCUCUUAUAUCCGUGGUCAUCAUCUAAUAUCAUAUCUAUAAAACUAUAUGCAAAAAUAUCUAUCCCAAGUAUUGACAACUUUCCUUGGCCAGGUAACACCGUGUUCGACAAGUGUAAUAUGUCUGUUUUCAGUUUAAAGUAAAAUAUGUACGUCACACGUGAGCGGCACCCUAGAAGCUAGAGCAUCGGCUUGUUGUUGGUACAAGGUUGGUGUUUGUCACGUAUGAGGGAUUCCAGUGCAAGAAAAGUACAUGAUCUGCUUGAUAUGUCCUGCGGUCUAAAUUGCAAUUGAAUUCUUACACUGGAGAGUACCAUUCGUCAUUUCACAUUGACACGUUAAAGUUGUUCACCAGUGUCAACCCUAUGUUGCCACAGUCCUAUGUUCGUUCAGAUGUUCCGAACCCCUACGCCCCAACCCCAACGCACCGUUGGGAUUGGGUGGGGGUCGGAAUAUAGCUUGGAAAUGGAAUGGUGGGGCGAUCUCAUAGAUAUUUCUUACAGUAAAUAGUUGUUGUUUGGUCCUUUUCGAGUCUAGUGGCAUACAGGGUAGCAAAGGUAAACAAUAGUGCUGGGAAAAGUUAUGUUUCGUAAUUACUGCCUGGUGUAGCCUAAGCAACAUAGACAUGUUGUCAUUACACACUGAUCUUGCUUUCCAAUUGAAAACGUAUAAGCUAUAAUAUGUCUGUCUAUCUUUGAAAGACUUCCACCGACUUGCCUUAAGUGGUUGUGAAACCUGAGUAAGCCCGUUAUGGCGAUCUACGCACGACAGUCUUACAUGGAAGUAUGAAAUUUCUCUUUAAUGUGGCAAGCGCCCUUGCAACAAGGUCAUAUACACAACAGUCUGGCAAACAUCAGACAGAGAUCGGUAAUUCUAUACAAUACACGGGCUCAAGCCAACUCAAAGUUACAAUAACAAUAUUCCAACCUGUUUACCCUUAGCUGUUUGCAGCACAGUAUGCUUUGGCAUAGCAGAAUUGUUGACUUCAAAAAUAGUUUGUUUCUUCUUGCCGUAGCGAGGAGUAUAUAGUUCCUUACAUAGUACUUGCAUUAUAAGCUUUCAGCCUUCCGACAAGCCUUCAGCAUAAGUUACUGUUCAUGAUAUAGCCUCUAAAUAGUGCAUGGAUUACAUGGAUUACAAAAAACUCAAUAAAUCGAAAAUAAAAUGUUAUGGCCGAUACAACGGUAUCGAAAAACCCCAUAUGAUAUUCUACAACGUCAGUUAAUAGGCGAGGUUGUGAACACACCGGGUGAACUAAUGCGUAGAAGACACGGUCUUGUAUUGAGGAGAUUCUGUUAUAUCUACUGAGAAUUAUAUAGUAAUGGAUUUGUGGUCACGUGACUGUGAAGUCAUUCACUGCCCGCCAUGGCGGUGGAUUAAAAAGGCUUGUCGUCAUUACAUGACUAAUGUUCUAAGGGUUGGUUUCCUUCUGUCUCAGCAUACCCGCGUCUUGCAUGUCUCCAUACAUAGAGAGCACCCGAUUAUAAAUAACUCUUUUCUCGGAACGAUCUUCUGAGUUCAGAAUGACGGGUCACCGCUUUGGACCUAUGAAUGUCAUGCAUCAUAGUACUGCCGUUAAAACAUCGUACCCGUGAUGCCUUCACGUUACCUUUCCGUUUGCGCAUAAUAAAGACGGCCUAGUGUUGAAUCACCACUGUGUGUCGGCACUCCGUCUCGCUAUAUCAACUGGCCACUACCUCAGAUAAUCUGAUAUAUUGAUAUUUGAGAUAUUGAAUAUAUAGCAUCCUGAUGUGUUGGCUUGCUAGAAUCGCGUAUUUGCUGCUGUUAGUGCUCUGUCUACAGUCACUGGAAGCCAAUUUAUUU